AUGAAUCGCUGGGAGAAAAAAGUGGCUGUUGUGACUGGCGCAAGUUCGGGAAUUGGCGCAGAAAUUGCCAAGGAUCUGGCUAAGGCGGGAAUGGUCGUUGUGGGAUUGGCCAGAAGAGUGGAGAAAGUGGAAGAGCUCAGGAAGCAAUUAUCUCUUGAUGACCAGAAGCUCUUCCAUCCGGUGAAGUGUGAUGUGACUAGAGAAGAGGAGAUUAUUGAGGUUUUCGCCUGGAUUGAGCAGAAUCUCGGUGGUGUUGAUGUGUUGAUUAACAACGCGGGUAUCGGCAGAACAGACAAGAAGCUCGUGGAUGCAGAUUCUGAUCUCAUGCGCAGCACAGUUGACACUAAUCUUCUAGGUGUGGUCUUCUGUACGCGUGAGGCUUUCCAGUCCAUGAAACGUCGCUCUUCUCCCGGUCACAUCAUUAACAUCAACAGUAUCCUGGGUCACACGAUUCCAAUGGUGCCACAGGAAUUUGGCGGCUUCAACUUCAACAUCUAUCCGGCGACCAAGUUCGGUGUGACUGCGCUCACGGAGAUGUAUAGGCAGGAAUUCUUCCGGGAGAGAUUCGGUGUGAAGAUCACCAGCAUCAGUCCUGGAGUGGUGCAAACGGAGAUCGGGCCAGCUUUCACCGAGGAGGCGCUCAAGCACGUGCCGCAUCUCAAGCCAGGCGAUAUUUCGGCUGCUGUUCUCUACACUUUGAGCACUCCAGCUCAUGUGAAUGUCCAGGAGCUUCUGAUAAGACCGACUUGUUCAUUCUGAACUUGACUUUUUUAUCUUCCGUUGUUUGCGAUUCUUUAACAAUAUCAUUGCGUUUUUGGAGGGUGAUGAGGAAAAUAUAUGUUUUCUAUACUUAUUUGGUUACAAUGUUGUUUGUUUCUAU